UAAAAAGUAUCAUAAAAAAUAUUUUAACAACAGUUGUUUGCCCAUUCAAUCUUUUAAUGCUGCAUGUAUUGUACAAUUGCUUUCCAGGACCUUGUCCGUUGUCCUGAAGCCAAACUUCCUCAGCCGCGCGAACACGCUGCUGUCCACGGUCCUGAACUCACACUUCAGUCACAGACCUCAGCAAAGAAGACAAUCACGGGCUGUCCAGCGCUAGUAGAUCUGUAAUAGCUUGGAUUUAUAUUUAUUGCGACACACGGAGGAGCACUAGUAAGGUUUUAAUAUUCUCAGAUAAGGGUUCAUUAGGAUUCCUUGACCACUGCCAAGCACGCAUCUGAAUCCACUCCACAUUACACCCAGUAAACAUAUGAUGUAAAGUCAGGGGGUGUUACUGAUAUGGCUUGUAAUGCCUCAUUAAACUAAUCUUGUAAAGCGCAGCUGAACUGCUGCAGAUAGUGCUGACGGCCCUUCACAUCAACAUUCCUCACGUUUCAGCGGGGACCAUCAAAGAGCUAAAUGGGGGUCGAGAAUGCCCACAGCACCAUCGGGGCCCUCCUGUCCAGGAGAUGCAACAGAGAAGCUCCUUUAAAUGUGCCACCGAAACACCACUGCUCUGCAUCACUGCUAGCAUGGUUGCCUAGCAACUAGACAGCAGAUGCCUGCAUCCCUCAUCUACUGAGUAAAAAUACAUUGAAAAAAAAAAAAAAAAAUCGCACCUCUUAUCUCUGUUUGUGCGAUACGCACAAUGAUUUUUAUAAUCGCAUUUGAUCGUUAAUCUUGAUAUAAUCGUUAAUCGUGUGCACCGAUUUCCAAAUCUUAUUAGUCCAUCAUUAUUCACUUUUCUUAGGCAUUUCUGAGUUUGUGUUUUUGAGGGUGUGUUGGGCUGAAGAAUGUGGAAAAGUGGGAGAAAUGCGUGAAAAUGCGCCGGGAUACUCUCGCAGCAUUUUAAUAGGUUGCAGCGCGCGAGCCGACAAGUACAGACAUCAUUCCUCCGCGAGACAAGCGCGUGGACAGACUGCCUUUCCUCUUUAGUUCGCUUUCGCUUUUAUUUUUUUCAACAAACACCGGCAUUUUAUUCAGCACAUCCAAGAGGGACCAUGUCUUUUACUGUUCUUUUGAAAUCCAAGCGUGUGCGUCGGAGAUUUCUGUUCCAGUCUUGAUUAUUUUUGUUCGGUUCCUGGAGGUGUUAUUGCAAUUGAAGUGUGUCAUCAUUUGCUCUGAACAAGAGCAGGAACAUGGUCGGGGAUUCAAUCGAGAGAUAAGGGGGCUUUUCCAGUAGGCUAGACAAAGCUUGGACAUUUGCAAGCGUUUUAUUGUGAUACAUACUGUUUUUUCACCCCUGCUUCUGCUUCAUAUAAGGUUGUACUAUGGACUGACUACAAGCUCUGACAUCUGCAUCAGAUAUUCUCUGCUGCAUUUCUUUAAAUGUGCAUCUUUUCUCCCCAGUGACUUUGAGAGGAAUAUCUCGACCAUCAGCAGCAGGGGAUGCAGAUUUCAUGUUUUUUUCCUCUUCGCCUCCAACCUUUAUAGCUGAGGGGGGAAAUAAAUAAAAAUAUCACUUACUGUGGAGCACCCCCCUCUUUGAAGGAGCAUCUCUGGAGCCAUGGCUUGCCCACAGCUUUGGACCUGGAAAUUGCGACGACAGGUGUAGAAGAAGAUUGAUUCUCUUCCAUUUUUUAUUUAGGUUUUUUAUUUUUUUUUUAUUUUCAUCAUCAUAUCUUUAUUUUUUUCUCCAUGGUUUGCCUGAAGAAGACUUUCCAGCACUUUCCCAGAAGUCCAGUCGAAGCUGAGAGAGAUGUCUGAUCUUCUGGUUUUGAUCGAGGGGGUCUCUGACCUGCACGGAUUUCCAUAGCUGAAGAAAAAAAAAAAAGAAAAAAGAAAAAACAGCUGGGACCCAUUAAAGAUUUCUUUUCUUUUAUUUCUUUUUUUAUUUCUUUCUUUUCUUUUUUAUUUUCUUUUGCGGGGCCAUCACAAAUGUGUGCAUUGGUGCUUUGAUCUCAGUUUAUUCAUUUUGGCCUUUUUUUUCCCCCUCCCAUCCCCUUUCUGUUGGAUUCUUUUUGGGAUUUGUUUUGUUUUUGUUUUGUUUUGUUUGUUUUUUACAUCAGUUUGGAGCACAGGCGGUUGGAUUACUGAAACUGAAUAUACGGAUUUGUGGAAAUGUUGGGUCCUCAAGAAGACAAAAUAUGUGGAAUUGUUUCUGCUCUGGCGGCUUUGUCCUUUGUCUGCUUUGCACAAAGCACCUCCACCGGAAGUACCGGAAUAUCUGUGGCCAAGACGACAGUGGACAAAUUGCUGAAGGGGUAUGACAUCCGUCUCCGGCCAGACUUCGGAGGUCCUCCGGUCAUCGUGGGAAUGAGUAUAAAUAUUGCCAGUAUUGACUCCAUUUCAGAAGUCAACAUGGACUACACCAUCACCAUGUAUUUCCAACAGAGUUGGAGGGACAAACGGUUGGCCUACGCUGAGAUGGCUUUGAAUCUCACUUUGGACAACCGUGUGGCUGAUCAGUUAUGGCUCCCAGAUACCUACUUCCUGAAUGACAAGAAGUCUUUCCUGCAUGGUGUGACGGUGAAGAACCGAAUGAUUCGGCUCCACCCAGAUGGCACGGUUCUUUAUGGACUGAGAAUAACCACUACAGCAGCCUGCAUGAUGGACCUGAGACGGUACCCCCUCGAUGAACAGAACUGCACCCUGGAGAUUGAGAGCUAUGGGUACACCACAGAUGACAUUGUGUUCUUCUGGCAAGGAGGGGACAAUGCUGUAACAGGUGUGGACAAACUGGAAUUGCCUCAGUUCUCCAUCGUGGAGCUACGUCUUGUGUCCAGGGAAGUGAGGUUUACCACAGGUUCAUACCCUCGGCUGUCGUUGAGUUUCCGCAUCAAAAGAAACAUAGGCUAUUUUAUCCUGCAGACUUACAUGCCCUCCAUCCUGAUCACAAUCUUGUCCUGGGUCUCCUUCUGGAUUAACUAUGAUGCCUCUGCUGCUCGUGUGGCCCUGGGUGUAACUACGGUGCUCACUAUGACAACCAUCAACACCCACCUGAGGGAGACCCUCCCAAAGAUCCCCUAUGUGAAAGCCAUCGAUGUCUACCUCAUGGGCUGCUUCGUCUUUGUUUUCCUGGCCCUGCUCGAAUAUGCCUUUGUAAACUAUGUGUUCUUUGGACGAGGACCCCAGCAGCAGAAAAAGAUCAACGAGAAGCUGAACAAAGCCAACAACGAGCGUCCCCGCUAUGAGGAGAAGCGUCUGAGGGAACAGGACUCCAUUUCAGCGCCGUUUCAAAGCAACACCCUCAGGUCAUAUACACAGCGAAGAAAUCUGUAUCUCGAGGAACAAAGAAAAGUUGGGGUGGAUGCAUACGGAAACAUUCUUCUCACCACUCUGGAGAUGAACAACGAGGUGAUGCCAUCCGACGUAGGCAGCAGCGUCAGUGACUCAAGGAACUCCGUCAUGUCCUUUGACAGCUCCGGAGUGCAGUUCCGCAAGCCCAUGGCUUCGCGGGACGGGUUCAGCCACCACUCGUUGGACCGCAGCGCCAUGCGCAGUCGUGCCAACUGCCGGCUAAGGAGGCGCUCGUCCAAGCUGAAGCUCAAAAUCCCCAACUUGACGGAUGUUAGCACCAUUGACAAGUGGUCCCGGGUCAUUUUUCCUAUCACUUUUGGAUUCUUCAACCUUAUCUAUUGGUUGUAUUAUGUGAAUUGAUAUGCGUUCCCCUAGGAAACAUGGGCCAUAUUUUGAGAGCACAUUGAAUUGGCUUUGAUACAAUUGGAAAAUAUGUGUACACAUAUAAAGUUGAUACAUAUGUAUAUGCAUAUUUCUAUAUAUUAUAUUUCUAUAUACACACGCGUGUGUAAAAUCUAAAGGACUUUUCUGGUGUAAAAAAACGUAUUAUAUAGAAUGACUUGAAUGUUUAAGAAUAAUACAAGAGAAACAUUUCAAGUAUUUGAAUUUCUUUUCCUUCUGAAACAAACGAACAAACAAAUAACAAACGCCAGUCCCUUGUUCGAGGGUACGGAACUAAAGACUGCAUGAUAUUUUCGCUAAAAGAAAAGAUCGCAAGAGAAAAAGGACACAUCUGAACGUCUCAUCGGCUUUUUAUUGAUACUGUAAUCGGCCUCUCGUAAACCGCAGCUCAUGAAAUCAGAAGUGGCUUGUGCAUUUCGGGGAGAGUCAACCGAGCAGGACCCCCAGACCCGAUCCACUGCUUUCCCCCGUCCUCACGGAAUUGUCCGUUUCUACACUGUACAGCAACCUCUUUUGCAAUUGUGUGUCAUUCCUUGAUUUUGCAAGUGACGAGCAUUCUCUUUAUCGGACCUCAGCUCUGGUCAAUGGUUUACACUGGACGGCCAUCUUGAGUUUCAACCAGUGCAUCCGGCCCAGUGUCAGUACAUUUCAUUCCCUCUCGACCAUUUUUCACAGAUUCUCUUUUCUUUGCAUUUUUGGGCUAUCAUCAUAUUUUCGGAGGGCGGCACCUAAACAUGCUCUAGAGGUAGUUCAUUAAUAGAUAAUAAGCCACUGGUAUGCUUCAUUCAUCAAGAAUUUAAGAAAAUGAAGAAAAAAAAAGAAGAGAGAGAGUACAUUCAUACAUUCAGUAGCCUUAUUGCCAUGGUCAGGUAGUAUUGCUGUUCUUUCUUUACUCUUGUUCCUAGUGCAUUUCAUCUGUUCUAUUGAUACAGUAUUCAUGAACAUCUUGUAGAGCUUUGUGUUGUUCGGAAUGGAGGGAAACCCUUAGUGAGCUGUAAUGUUUCUUUAGAACUUGGAUUUGAAGUUAGUCCAUCAACUAUGUGAAAAAUGUACAAAAUAAGGAAAGAAAAGAAAAGAUUCUUGUGUAUUCAACAGGGGAUGUGACCAUGUUUUUAUCUGUUUCAUGUUUAAGUCAACCACUCUGACCAUAGUGUGACCUGAUAUUGUAUAUAUUCAGUCAUUGUAGUGAUCCAUCCCAAGAAUGAUAUACGCUGAUGUUUUUAGUUUCUCUAAAAUGUGCCUGUCUGAAACCUGAAGGAUGUGUCCUCAGUUCAUCAAUCAGUGAAAGAGGGCCAGAUGACCCUUGAUCUUUGACCUUUCACUUUAAGCACUGCAGACCCACCCACAGCUCUGACGUUUUGCAUCUUGGGAUUGAAUCUCAAAGAUGAAUGACAUCAGCAUAAUCAGGAAAAAAAAAAAAAAAGGAAAAAAAGAAAAAAAAAAAAGCUUCUGAGUCUUUUCGGGGCAAAAUGACAUGUACGAUAAAAGCCAUGAACUGAAGUGACAACCAAAAAGGCCUAUAAUCCAUUUCUCUUUUUUACCAUUUACCUCUCGCCACCAGUUCUUUUGGGCUUCGCCUCAUUUUGAUUUACCUCAACUUCAUUGACACUUAGGUCGCCAGAUCUCCAUGUGACCACGAACUCAAAUCCAUAUCAGUCCAUCCACCAUCCAUAUUCAUUCAAAUCUAAUUUCUGGUAGUCUCUAGAUGUCUCAAUGCUCAGAGUAGAUCGAUGAGUAGAAGCAUCCCAACAAAAGCUUCUCGAAGCAAUGUUGGAUCAGUUCUCGAAGAUGUGGAUGAGAACUGAAUUGCUGAAUAACUGGGCAAGGGGACAUUUAAAAGUGAGGAGGGUCCGGUGGUGCCUUGGGAACACGAGAGCCCUAGACUUGCUUGAGUUCCUUGAGGAGGAUAUUCUGAGCAGGCCUCAGACCUCAGAGCUCAACAGAGUCCCUUGGCUCUCGAGCCCCACACCAGACCUCACAAGAGUCUUAUAGGUGUGAACCAACCACCAAAUCACCAACAGAUCACCGAAUUCCAUUGAGAAACAAUGGAAUAAGGGGAAACUAGAAGGCUGUACCUCAGGGUACUUGCGAGGUCCUGUGUUACAUAGAAGCAUAUUUGAGGGAUUUCCACUUAUUGUGUUAUUAUUAUUUGUUAUUGUGAGCACGACCAUAACACCUGUGCAAGGGAGCCAGUACUCUCAAGUGCAAAGUGAGACAUGCACAGUUGCAUGCACAGUGUAGCAAUUAAGUUAAGCGCAAAUCUGCACUAAAAGAGGAUGGAGGUCAGAGUGCUUUUCACGAGUAACCCUAGUUACUAUGAGUGUAAUGGGGGUGCCUUGGCCAAUUACAACUCCCAGUUGGCAUUCAAGAUGCUGCAAUGCUUUGCCAAUGAGGGUUCAAAGGCAGAGUAGUUAGUUACUGAUUUGGUAUCAUUAGUAUACACAUUUAAUCUAUACUGUUUAGAUAUGAAUUUACAAUGUAGACCAGACCUUUUAAGCUACAGUAUCAAUCCAACGCUACUAGUGCAGUGAUUAGCGAUAAGUUGAAAAUGCCAACUCAACCAUUAGCCAACAUUUCACUUACUGUAUUCAAGGGAACCAGAUCAGUUAGAAGGAAGAAUGUUUUUGUUUUCUGAGACUGGAAAAUAGAGUUUGUGUUGCCUUUGACACAUCGGAAAAGGUGGGAUAUACAUUGUUUCACUAUUAACUGGUAGGACUGCACAAUUAAAAUGAUGUUGAUAUAUUUUUGUAUUAGAUAUUACUGCUCUAAGUUAUCAAUCGGUGUUAAUGUGCGCUCUAAUUUUUAUCUUUUGAGCGACUAAUGAUAGAGCAAAAAAAUGCAUACAGUAUAUCAUAAUCAUAACCAGUGGUUAGGUAUUUUAUUCAUGAGAAUAAUUAGAAAUACUUAGAAGUAGUUGGUACAAUGCACAUAAGUUAGCGCCCAUUUACUACAUAGCGUUCUAGUAGACUUGCUGGCACUAUGCAGUCUUUCUCACUAAUGAUCAGUUUAUUGUUCCACAGGGUAACCUGAAUCACUAUUGGUCCAUGCGUCCUGACCAAUCACGAUAGGCAAGGAUUGAGUUUUUCGAUAGAGAGGGGAUUAGCAACAUGCUAAUGCAGCCAUACUGUGCCACUGAGACAUGCUGGAUGUUGAAUUUGUUCAAGUGGAUAUUGUGUUGAUCAUCAACAUGUUCUUGUAGCACCAGCACUCUGUUAAUUCACAGUGAGCUUACAACUAGAACAGCUUUUUGGAAAGAUUCUGGUUUGUGGGCAUUUGUCCCUGCAGGAUUUGCCUUAACAAGAUCACUAAGCAUUUUCAUGAAAUAUUUCUGAGCAAUACAAUGCAAAUACAACAAAGUUCAUGUGAGAGUGAUUCUCUUUUAACUCAAUUCAAGCCUUAAACAUGGUUACAGAGCAUUAUAAUUUGAUCAUUGGACAUUCGGGGUACAAUUCACUUAUCAGUUCUAGAUCCUUAAAGGAAAAUAUAGUGACAAAGUAGUUCCCUCAAAUGUCUCACCCAGGUACUUUGACUAUGUUUCCACUGCUUAACCUCAGAACCAUGAAGUGUAGAAGCAAAUAUUUAUCCAGGUUUAGCAUUACGUUGUCUUUCCAUUUGUCAAACCUCAGAGCAAAAAAGUAAAGAAUUUUAUUAUCCUCGUAAUUUACCCUUCGCAGGGAGUUUGACUGACAGGUGAUCUAACCAAUCAUUACGCAGAAUCCGCCGUUUCGUUCGACGAAGCAGUCAGGGAAGUUGGUAGAGGAGUCGGUGGACUUGAACUUAAAAAAAAAUGGCGUGUACUGACAUUUUUCUGCCGUUGAAAUAACAUUCCUUCUGAUGUUCAUUCAUGUUUAUUUGAUGCUAUAACUUAACUAGUAGGAAGAGAUGAUCAAUUUACGAGGUGCUUGAACUGAGGCGCUACAGUGAUCUGUCACGACACAUUAAAGAGACACCAAACAGUAUUUAUUGUUUAAAUGUCUCUUAAAAUGUACAAAAUUUGAGAUUUUGUUUCAUACCAAAGUAACCUGCUCUCCCGUCUGUCGAUGCGUUGUCAGUGUCCUCUUUGCUCCGCAAUGUAUUUUUCACCCUUUUUUUCACUUUUUCACUCACGGCAUGGCUUGUUGGACGCAGCAACAGUAACUAAGGGGGCGGGUCUUUGCGAAUGGUCAAUUGCAUCUUUAUAUCUCACUUUUAUAAUUGCGCCUAGAUAUAUAUCUUUUUAUUCUGUUAAUUGCACAUUUAUAUCUAAUGUUAUUCAUAAUUUAGCAUAAUUGUAACAUUUAUCUUACAAUUUCAACUUUAUUUUCUGUAAUUGUGCAUAUAGUUCUCGUAAUUGCAACUAUAUCUCAAAAUUAUCAUAUUAUUUCUCGUAGCCUAACUGCAAUCUCACAUCGCUGUAAAAAAUUCUUUUCAAGAUUUGUUAUCUAACAUUUUUUCUUUUGUUAAAUAAACUUAGAUAAUGUGGUUCAGAUAACAUAAUUUUUUGAGUUUCUGUUGAUUAAACCAGUCGCCUUCAUUGUAUUAACUCAAAUUUUUAAUUUCA